CACCCUUACACAUGGCAGCAUGAGAAGCCUAUUGCACAAGUAGAAGCUUCCCUCUCUUGUUGGGAGGGUGUGCUGCUAGGAGAAGCUCCUUCGUUUGCAUCACAACAGGUUGUAUUCUCAUAGGAGUUUCAUUGAGAGCUCCUAACACUACACUGCUCCACUCGGAAAAAUGUGCAGCAAAGGGCUGCCCUACCUGUUCUUUGGAGUCACUGUCACCGUUGGGAUGUUUACAGCAUCCUAUGUGUUCCAUUCCAAGUGGACUCUGCUUUCAGUCUCCAAAUACCAAACAUUGUUCACACUCUACCCUGAACCUGCUUUACAUUAUCCACAGCCGAAAUCCCUGACGCCACCGAGAUCGGAUGUGAUAACAGUCACCCCUUGGUUAGCACCUGUAGUCUGGGACGAAACCUUCGAGUCUUCCAUAAUCGACAGCCUGUACCAGCCACAGAACCUCACGAUAGGAACCACUGUGUUCGCUAUUGGAAAGUACACCCGGUUUAUCAAGGGAUUCCUGGAGACAGCGGAGAAGCACUUCUUGGUGGGCUACAAGGUGAACUACUACAUCUUCACUGACAAGCCUGAAGACGUGCCAAGCGUGGCCCUGGGUCCACAGAGAAACCUCAACGUCAUUACCGUGUCCAAAUUCUCCCGCUGGCAGGAGAUCUCCAUGAGGAGGAUGGAGAGGAUCCUCAACAUCAUCGAGGAGCGUCUCCUGAAAGAGGUGGACUACCUUUACUGUCUCGAUGUGGACAUGCACUUCCACAACCACUGGGGGGCGGAGGUGCUGAGCACCCUUGUGGCUUCAAUGCACCCAUGGCUCUACUUUUACCCCAGAGAUAGGUUUACAUACGAGCGCCGGCCUGCUUCCCAGGCCUACAUACCGCUCGACCAGGGAGAUUUCUACUAUGCCGGAGCCAUAUUCGGGGGGCUUAUCCAAAACGUGCAUGCACUAACCAAGACCUGCCACCAGGCUAUACUGAUAGACAAGCAGAAUAACAUUGAAGCGGUCUUUCAGGAAGAGAGCCACCUAAAUAAAUACCUCCUGCAGUACAAGCCCACCAAAGUGCUAUCACCAGAGUACCUGUGGGACGAUACGAAGCCCAAAUCGCCCGAGAUCCACUUCAUCCGCUUCUCAACCGUGGUGAAAAACUACACCGAGGUCCGGGAGAAUGUUUAGACAAGGGGCAUGUUUCAGAUGAUGUGGGAGUCUCUGUUAUUACAGAGCACCUUGGUACGGAUCUGAAAUAUCACAGUGAUCUUAAAUGAUGUAUUGUUCUUGUUUAGAAUCACUCUGUAUGUCAUGUCUUGUUUCAGUCGGCACGUCCUGCUGAUAAAAUCAUCUCUAUGGCAUCUCUAGAGCUCUCAAACAUGUCUGCUCUCAAUCACAGCAGGCAAUAUCACUGAGGUUACAAGACCGCCCAGGAAGGCUAGAAUUU